AGGACCUGGAUUUCAGUGAUGAGACAUGGGGUAUGAUGUAACCCGUUUCCAGGGGGAUGUUGAUGAAGACCUCAUGUGUCCUAUUUGCAGUGGAGUCUUGAAGGAGCCAGUGCUGCAGACGUGUCCAGUGGACCGGAGUGUUGUGACUAUUGCCCAUUUGCGCCCAGUCCCUCGGAUUAUGCAGAACAUGUUGUCCAAGUUGCAGAUUGCCUGUGACAACGCUGUGUUUGGCUGUAGUGCUGUUGUCCGGCUUGACAACCUCAUGUUUCACCUCAGAGACUGUGAGCACAACCCCAAACAGCCUGUGACCUGUGAGCAGGACUGCGGCCUGGAGAUGCCAAAAGAUGAGUUGCCAAACCACAGCUGUAUUAAUCACCUGUGUUCAGUGGUCCAGCAGCAACAGACACGGAUUGCAGAGCUGGAGAAGUCCUCAGCAGAAGAUGAACAACAGCUAGCGGAACAUAAACACCAGCUGGAGAAGCAGAAGGGAGACAUCGACCUGCUCAAGGCAUAUGUGCAUGCAAUCCGCAGUGUCAACCCCAGCCUUGAGAAUUUGGAGAAAAUAAUUGAAUACAAUGAGACUCUACAGUGGGUGAACUCCCUGCAGCCAGCCAGAGUGACCCGCUGGGGCAAGAUGAUCGCCACUCCAAAUGCGAUGCUCCAGGCUGUCAUCAAGCACUCGCUGGUGGAGAGUGGCUGUCCUGCCUCCAUCGUCAACCAGCUGAUCGAAAACGCCCAUGAGCGGAGCUGGCCCCAAGGUCUGGCCACCCUAGAGACAAGAAAGAUGAACCGCCGCUUCUAUGAGAAUUACAUAGCCAAGCGCAUCCCUGGCAAGCAGGCUGUUGUCGUGAUGGCCUGUGAGAACCAGCAUAUGGGUGACGACAUGGUACAGGAGCCUGGACUGGUCAUGAUCUUUGUUCAAGGCGUGGAAGAAAUAUAGGAGAUGCCAACAGGAAGUCAGGAAGAGAGGGAAGCCAGAAAACCCAUCCUCCAGCAGCUGAA